UCUCCCCUUAUCUCUUCAUUCUGGGCAUGGAACGAUUCAACCAUUUGAUUGAUUCUGUGAUUAAAGGAAAGAAUUGGGAGCCUCUUUUACUUUCUCGUCGAUGUUCGACGAUAUCUCAACUGUUUUUUGCUGACGAUCUUGUUCUCUUUUGCAGAGCCGAUGAGAAAGGAGUGGAUUGUCUCAAUAAUAUCCUAGAUACUUUUUGCUAUUACUCUGGGAACCGAGUUAGUAGUCAAAAGACACAGGUUUUCUUUUCCCGCAAUGUUUUUUAUGAGGUUGCAACAAACUUAUGUGGUAAUCUUGGUUUUAACAAAGUAGCGGAUUUGGGGAAGUAUCUUAGCAUUUCGUUCUUUCAUAAUAGAGUUGGUGUCAAUAUUUUUCAGUUCGCGUUGGAUAAAGUUCGAAGUAGACUUAAUGGUUGCGAGGCACGAAAAUUUUCUCUAGCUGGUCAUCUUACUCUCGUCAAGGGUCGAUUUCUUCAGGUUUGAGAUCAUCACUUGUUAACUGGAAUGAUUGUUGUUUGUCAAUAGUGAAUGGGAGCUAGGGAUUCGAAAGAUCCAAGAUCAAAACAAGCUUUUUCUCCUCAAAUUGGGAUACAAUCUGAUUGUCAAUACAGGUAGUUUGUGGGUUCGGGUCUUGAGGAACAAAUAUAAUGUCCAUGGGAUUAUACCGACUGAAAUUGAUCGCAGUAACUGCUCUUACAUUUGGCCCUCGAUUUCAAAUGUCUGGGAUGAUGUCAAGAAAGGUGUUAUAUGGUCUAUAGGAGACGGUAGGUUUGUUAAUUUCUGGAACGAUGUGUGUAUGGAGUUUAGGUGCUUUAAAACAACAUUAUACUGGAAAAGGAGCAUUUGAUGAAUCCCUUCGUGUUUGUGACAUAUUAACAAUGGAGGGGAAUUGGGAUGUUCAAUGGCUUCUCUCGGUACUUCCCAGAAUCACUGUGAAUCGUAUCUUGGCUUGUAUGACCCCAUCGGAAGAAGCCGGACUAGAUCACAUUACAUGGCGGUGGUCAUCAGCAGGGAAUUUCUCUAUAGCUGAAUCAUAUAAAAAUCUCUUUCUCCCUAACAUUCCAAAUCAAUUUGCUUUUGACAGGUCCAUUUGGAAGGUUUCAGCACCAAAGAGAGUUUGUGUCUUCCUUUGGUUAUUGCCUCGUGGUCAUCUAUUAACUAAUGAGGAACGAGCGAGGUGAGGUAUGACUAAGUUCUCCCAUUGCGAACGUUGUGGAUGUGAUGUGGAAUCUGCGAUACAGUCUGGAAAGCUGUGUUACCAAUUCACACAUGGAGUUCCUUCUUUAAUUUACCGCUCGAACGAUGGCUUACAUGGAAUGUCAAGAAUGAAGGUGGGUUGUCAUCCUUUGAUGGAGAUUGGGCCAAAAUUUUCUCAAUAACAAGCUGGUUUCUUUGGAAGAGUUGCAAUGAUUUUGUUUUCAAUCAAUCCGGUAGCAGCAAUCGAGAUUUAAUUGCCUCGGCUGUAGCCUGGACAAAAUCGCUGUUUGUUUGUGCACAUAUAGAGCAUUGGGCAUGUAAUUCUAUGACUCAGAAACAUUGGCAACCCCCAGCUCCUGGAUGUAUCAAAAUCAAUGUGGAUGGGCUGAUUUCGGUGAAUUGGUUGCAUGCGGCUGUAGGUGGAGUCUUUAGGGGAUCAGAAGGAGAAUGGCUAGUGGGAUUUGGAAUGAGAAUAGGAAUGGUUGAAAUUUUCCAAGUAGACGCUCGAGCCGUCCUUGAAAGCUUAAAGCUAGCAUGGGCUCGAAGAUGUCGACAGGUGGAACUAAAAAAUAAUAAUGCGUUUCUAAUUGAUAUCAUUCGUAACGGUUUCACAGCGACUAGCAAUAUUACAGAA